AUGCGUCCACUGUUGGUUCUGGUCAUAGCGUUCCAGGCGCUGACCAGUCCAGCGAGCGCAAAGCUCGACGUAAAGAACAAACCGCAGAUACGCGCGACAACUUCGUUUGCAAACUUUGAUGCACGCAUUAUGGAUCAUUGGGGAGGCGGCGGAGGUGCGACAUGGACUAUUUCAAACGACUCUGUCCACCCAUUCGUGGGCAGGCAAUUCGGAGGAGCGAAGAGGAAGCAAAUCGCAGGUACUCGAGCCUUUGGAAGCGGGUAUCCGUGGGACAGCGACAACGCAGCGACGCUCAGUGGGCGAGGCUUCCCUUUUGGUACCUGGCCCAUCUGGUGGGGGAACGACUUUAUGGGGACAGACGAGUACAACUCGACCAAGGAUACAAUACGACCCGGUGGACAGCUCGUCACUGCUCCAGUCCAACUAAUCAAGGCGGGUUCACCAUUCACCAAUGCGACCGAGGACGAGAUGUACUACAUACUCGGAGACACGCAGAGUGUGACGUUUAUGAUGAUUUCGUUUGUCACCUGGUGUCAUGUGAAACCAGCUUGGCCAACAAAGUUUGACCCCCUAUCGCCCAACACGCCGAUACGACUGGAGAACGUUUUCCAGUACUAUCGCGCCAGCUCAUUCGCGCUCGCAUCAACACUUUACAACAACACGUUUGCGCGAACGUCGAUUGCCAACUCGACGGAGAGCUCACCGCUUCCCGCGCAAGUGGAGUAUUCGGACUAUCGACAAUGCGUCGACAGUGUCAUCUCCAACGCGCUUCCCGUGAUGAACAAGCCGCCCCUUGUACAGAAGAAAUCGGUGACAUAUGGCAUCAUCUUUGGCAUCUUGGGUAUCCCGAUGCUGCUGACUGCGGGAUAUCUGCUGGUGUUUGCAUGGUAUUGCUUAUCUACCAUGUUCUCAGGACCGAUAGCUCGAGUCCGGGAAUCUGCUGACCGCAAAGCCCGAGCAAAGGCUGAGAGGGAAGCAGGGCUUGCUUAUGAAGCAUUCCCAUGA